CUGUCUGUACCCGAUGGAUGGUGUAAUUACAGAAUGUACCGCUAGACGGCAGCAAAUGCAACAUGGCGGCGGAGUCGAGGGGGCGGCACUUAACGGAAUACACGCAUGUGAUUGGCUGAGUAGAGAGGAUUUUCAACGCGUGUAAUUGGUCGGUGUGUUUCCCGAACAGCUGUAAGGCAGCCGUGAAGGAUCAAAAAGCUCCGAAUCAUGUAAAUUCAAACUGACUUCAUCCCAAAGGAGGUGCUGCUUGUCAGAGAUGGCUUCUGAGAAACAAGGAGAUACUUUGUGCUUCUUCAUCAACGGGAGAAAGGUCACGGAGACCCAUGCGGACCCUGAGACCACGCUGUUGUCCUUCCUCAGAGAGAAGCUGAGGCUGACUGGAACCAAGUACGGCUGCGGCGGCGGCGGGGCGUGCACCGUCAUGGUGCCACGCCACCAGCCGGCCACCAGGACCAUCACACAUUACUCCGUCAACGCCUGCCUGCUGCCGCUGUGCCAGCUGCACGGAGCCUCCGUCACCACGGUGGAGGGCAUCGGCAGCACCAGGACCCGGAUCCACCCGGUGCAGGAGCGGAUCGCCAAAGCUCACGGCUCCCAGUGCGGCUUCUGCACUCCAGGAAUGGUGAUGUCCAUGUACGCCCUGCUGAGGAGCACGCCGCGGCCCACCAUGGAGGACGUCACGCAGGCGCUGGCUGGUAACCUGUGCAGGUGCACCGGGUACCGACCCAUCGUGGACGGCUGCAGGACCUUCUGUCGGGAAGCCGAGUGCUGCCAGCUCCAAGGAGGCGGAGCCUGUUGCCUCAAUGGAGAGCAGGACGCUGGAGACCCGGAGCCUGAGAAGCCCCAGCUGUUUGACCGAGAGGAGUUCCUCCCACUGGACCCGACCCAGGAGCUCAUCUUCCCCCCCGAGCUGCUGCUGAUGGCGGAGGCGGCCGACCCGAAGACGCUCACCUUCCACGGGGAGAGGGUGAGCUGGGUGUCCCCCGCCUCCCUGGAGGAGCUGAUCCAGCUCAAGACCAGCAACCCCGGAGCUCCGCUGGUCGUGGGAAACACCAACAUCGGUCCAAACAUGAAGUUCAGGGGCGUCCUGCAUCCGCUGAUCAUCUCUCCAACCAGAGUGCAGGAGCUGUUCGAGGUCACCCAGACCCCCCAGGGUGUUUGGGUCGGAGCGGGCUGCAGCCUCACGGAGGUCCGGGCCCUUCUGGAGAAGCUGGUUCCCCAGUUCCCGGAGGAGGAGACCGAACUGUUCCGAGCCCUGAGCCGACAGCUGGGGCACCUGGGAAGCCGGCAGAUCCGUAACGUCGCCUCUCUCGGGGGCAACAUCAUGAGCGCAAACCCAAACUCAGACCUGAACCCGGUCCUGGCUGCAGGGAACUGCAAAGUGAGCGUCGUCUCUGGCGGAGGACCACGACAGCUUCCUCUGGAUCAGGACUUCUUUGUGAGCCUCGGGAAAACCCUGGUGAAGCCAGAGGAGAUCGUUAUCUCUGUCUUCAUUCCCUUCUCCAGAAAGGGGGAGUUUGUCGCAGCUUUCCGCCAGGCUCCGAGGAAGGAGAGCUCCUUCCCCACCGUGACCACCGGGAUGAGAGUGUUGUUCUCAGAGGGGUCCCGGCUGGUUCAGGACGUCAGCAUUUACUUUGGAGGAAUGGGGCCGACCACCGUCAGCGCCAGCAGGACCUGCGCCGCCAUCGCCCUGAGGCCUUGGGAUGAGGAGACCCUCAGCCGGGCCUACGACGUCCUCCUGGACGAGCUGGCUCCUCCGUCGGCUCCGGGGAAAGUGGAGUCACGCUCUCUGACUCUCAGCUUCCUCUUCAAGUUCAACCUGGAGGUCCUGCAGAAACUCCGAGGACGACGUUUCCAGCGUGUUUGUGUGCAGACGGCGAUGCCAGAGCAGCUUCCUGAGAGGAGGCCGGUCCAGCCGCUACCGCGACACAUCCAACCCGGGCUGCAGGAGUUCCAGCAUGUGUCCAAGGACCAGAGCGACCAGGACCCCGUGGGGCGUCCCAUCAUGCAUCGCUCCGCCCUCAGCCAGGCCACAGGCGAGGCCGUGUACUGUGACGACAUGCCGCCCACAGACGGCGAGCUCUUCCUGGCUCUGGUCACCAGCUCUCGAGCGCACGCUAAGAUCACAGGGCUGGAUGUGAGCGAGGCUCUGCGGCUUCCCGGCGUGGUGGACGUGGUCACGGCCGAAGACAUCCCGGGCCAGAGAGUCCGUCAGAUGUCUGGCUAUGAAGAGGAGCUGCUGGCGGCCACCGAGGUGUCCUGCGUCGGUCAGAUGAUAUGCGCCGUGCUCGCCGACACGAGGGCGCACGCCAGGCGAGGAGCAGCAGCUGUGAAGGUCGGCUACGAGGACCUGCCCGACCCGGUCUUCACCGUGGAGGACGCCAUCGAGAAGUCGUCUUUCUUUGAGCCUCGGAGGACGAUCGAGAGAGGGAACGUGACGGAGGCCUUUGAGACUGUGGACCGGGUUCAUGAAGGAGAGUUUCGGAUGGGAGGCCAGGAGCACUUCUACAUGGAGACCCAGAGCAUGCUGGUGGUUCCCGUUGGCGAGGAGGCGGAGUUCAACGCGUACGUCUCCACCCAGUGGCCGACACUCACUCAGCAUGCAAUAGCGGAGACGCUGGGCAUCCCGUCCAACCGAGUCACCUGUCACGUCAAGAGGGUGGGCGGAGCCUUCGGCGGGAAGGUCAUUAAGACCUCGAUACUGGCUUGUAUCACCUCUGUGGCUGCGUGGAAGACCCACCGGGCAGUGCGCUGCGUCCUGGAGCGAGGAGAGGACAUGCUGAUCACCGGAGGCCGUCACCCGGUCCUGGGAAUAUACAAAGUGGGUUUCAUGAACGACGGCCGGAUCGUGGCUGCAGACAUCCAGUACUACAUCAACGGCGGCAACACGGUGGAUGAGUCUCCUAUAAUAGCGCAAAAUAUGCUCCUCCACUCUGACAGCGCCUACAACAUCCCCAACCUGAGAGGCCGGGCCGCGGCCUGCAGGACCCACCUGCCCUCCAACACCGCCUUCAGGGGCUUCGGCGUGCCCCAGAGCGUGGUGGUGGUGGAGAACAUGCUGGAGGACGUGGCGGCGCUGCUGCGGCGCCCCGCGGACCGGAUCCGGGAGGUCAACAUGUACACGGGCCCGUCGGUCACCCACUACAAGUUUGAGUUCAACGCGGAGGACCUGCUGCGCUGCUGGGAGGAGUGCAAGGCCAAGGCCGACUACGCCGCACGCCGCACGGCCGUGGACCGCUUCAACCAGCAGAACCGCUGGAGGAAGAGGGGGAUGGCCAUCAUCCCCGUCAAACACGGGGUCGCUUUUUCAGAAGGCGUCAUGAAUCAGGCUGCAGCUCUGGUCCACAUCUACAAAGACGGCUCAGUUCUGGUGGCUCACGGCGGGACCGAGAUGGGUCAGGGACUCCACACCAAGAUGCAGCAGGUGGCGAGUCGGGAGCUUCACAUCCCUCCCUCCAAGAUCUACAUCAGUGAAACCAGCACCAACACGGUUCCCAACACCUGGCCCACUGGCGCCUCCUUUGGUACCGACGCCAACGGCAUGGCGGUCAAGAACGCCUGUGAGACUCUGUACCGGCGUCUGGAGCCGAUCAGGCAGAAGAACCCUGAAGGAUCAUGGGAGGACUGGGUCCAGGACGCGAUUAUGGAGAAGAUCAGUUUGUCAACCACUGGAUUCUACAGAGGUCCAGAUCUCUACAUGGACUGGGACCGGAUGGAGGGGCGGCCUUACGCUUACUUCACCUACGGAGUGUGUUGCAGCGAGGUGGAGCUGGACUGCCUCACGGGAGACUACCGGACGGUGAGGACGGACCUCGUGGUGGACGUGGGCCAGAGUGUGAACCCCUCAGUGGACAUCGGACAGAUUGAAGGCUCCUUCAUGCAGGGGUUGGGCCUCUACACUCUGGAGGAGUUGAAGUUCUCCCCCUCCGGGCUCCUGUACACUCGAGGCCCGUCUCAGUACAAGAUCCCCGCGGUCUGCGACGUGCCGCUCAGCUUCAACGUCCAUCUGCUGCCGGACUCCCACAACCAGCACGCCAUCUACUCCUCCAAGGGUGUCGGAGAACCGGUCCUCUUCCUCGGCAGCUCGGUGUUCUUCGCCAUCAAAGACGCGGCGGCUGCAGCUCGCGCCGAGUCCGGCUUCGUCGGCCCGUUUCCCCUCGACAGCCCGGCGACGCCGGAGAGGGCCUGUCUGGCCUGUGCCUCCCCGCUCACUCGGAAGGUUCCAUCCAGUCAGCCAGGGUCUUUCCAGCCGUGGGCCUUAAACAUCUAGAACUGAGUCUGUUCAUGUUCAUCAGUCAGAAGCUGCACUGCAACUUCUACUGAGGCACGAAAUCACAUGAUCUCUUCACCUUUUAAACAAACUGAUUCUACUUUUUAAUUCAUGCUUAUUGCACAUUGCAUUUGGGGUUAAGUGCCUUGCUCAAGGGCCGAUCCCCUGAUUGAAGGACGGACCUGCUGACCACUGACCCAAUGCAUUCUCAUCACAUCCUGCAGCAUCAACAUUUCACCAAUCGACUAAUAAACAGUAACUCUAUUAAAUAAA